AUGCUGACUUCAAGUGGUCAUGGUGACUUGUCCAUGCUUCCGGUGGAUCUCAAUUUCGCCUCGCCGAUCCAAUUCUACGCAAACGCCAUGGACGCAUAUGACGUCCCUACCGAGCACAAGCUCGGUUCUCAUGGGAGUUCUGACGGAAGCCCUGAUGGGAGUUCGACUACAGAGCCCCGUAUCCCUACCCAACCCGAUAUACACUUCCUGUCAGACAAGGUUUCUCUUUCUCGUCAAGAUCCUGGCGCACAGGAGAAGCCAAAAUCAAUUACCGAUACAACCGCAUGCUCCCUGCCGCAUAAGCAGCUUUUUCAAGAACUCGGCAAUUUCCAGACUCCGAUAUUAUCUCGGCAGCCAGAAGGGAUCAAGAUGGCCCUGCAGCUGAUGGGCCAGCUCUGUUGCGAGGAGGACAGCCCUUCAAACCUCAACGUCUCCCCUUCGGAACUUGAAUAUCGGGCACAUACGCUCGUGGAUGAAUCCAGAGUGGUGACAGAAACCGUCAACGAUAUGCUCCAGCACCCCGGCUCCGAGGAUGGUUAUUUUCUUGCCGUUGUCUGUUUGGUCAUGUCCAAGGUUCUGGACGCUUACGUCAAGGCAGCCCAAGCCCUGAGUGCUUGUGAAAGAGAUGGACAGAGAAAGCUAGGCUCAUAUUCAUCAUCAGCCCUGUCUGGCUGGUCAUCCGCUGGAACAGAGUCUGCCUCCAGCGCCUCGCCGGCGACGAAGGGAAGAGAUCCUAAAGCUGUUCAGCAGCUGUUAGAUGACCUCUAUCAAGUGCGGACAUCAGUGAAUCAUCUAGGCACGAAGAUUGUAUCCGUGUGCUCAAAACGAGAUUGGUUCUUGGGCACCGACCUUACUCCUGCGGGCCACGAUUCUACUAUGCCAGCAUUUCCGUUUUCGGCAGCAGUUCUGAACCAGUUGUAUGACGAACUACGGCGACGCCUGAGCGCCAUAUCUCUCCAAUUGAUCAAUGAAUUGAAGCAGUUCUGGGUGUAA